CUUUUCACGAUCCAACAGGACGAUAUCGGGUCUGUUGUGCUGUACCGGCCUAUCGGUUAUUAUUGAUGUGUCCCAGUACAGCUUGUAUCUAUCGUUCUCCAGAACCUCACUUGGCAGGUAUUCUCUUGGAGCCAAUAUGGGGCAAGAGGAGGUAAUAUGUUGGAUAUGUUCAGUAGCCUGGUUGCAUCUCCUGCAUUGAUCGGUCGGUAAGUUCUGCCCCGCGAUGCGCUUUAGGAAAGCUCUAGUGCCAACAACCUGGUCCUGCACUGCUAGAAUUCGGCCUUCAGUCUCGGGAAACAGGUUUUUUGGGUACCUGCCAUGCAAUGGCUUAGAGUACCAUUCCUCUCGGAGUUUCUCCACAGUAACACCCAGCAGUGGCGUGGUUGCAGAUGACAAAUGCAAUGGUGUAAUGUUUUCAUCCGCUUCGCAUAUUGUCUUUUUGAAAGGGAGCUCUUCACGUCCUUGGACCUUAUUUCGAGCGCUUGCUGUAUGCCAAGAUAUUUAUACGAUUCUUGCGGACCUAGAUGGGGCAGCUCCUCCUCGCCGGUCUCGGCCUUACGGUGCCUUCUCGAAGGUCUGCGCCGCUCGCCCCGCAGGUACCUCCUACAGACUGUUCCUCUGGACGGCUCCGAAGGGGGCCAGUCCGCAGCCCCCUGCCGCCCUGUGUUUGACUUCUGGUAACAGGAGCAUCCAAUUAACAUCACCCCCAGGUUGCUAACCUAGGGGGUUCAGCGACUCAGGUACGCGGGGUCGUCACCCCCCGAAGGCCGAAGG